GAGGCUUUAAGGCUCCAUGCUCCAGAGAGUUUGCAGGCAGGAGGACUGACAUGGACUGCUCUUGCUUUCUCCUCCUCUUACCCUUCCCCUUAUUCUUUCCUUUUCCAGAAUGUCUUUGCCCAACUCAGAGAAUGCCUCCACCCUGGAGAACGCCAUGCAGCUCAUGAUCCAGACCUUCCAUAAGUACUCUGGAAACGAGGGAGACAAAUAUACACUGAGCAGGGCUGAGCUCAAAGAGAUGCUAACCGCUGAGCUCGGCAACUACCUGGGGAAUGCCCAGGAUAAAGAGGCAGUUGAUAAGGUCAUGGGAGACCUGGAUUCCAACAACGACGGGGAGGUAGAUUUCACCGAGUUCAUCAUACUGGUCGGAGCUCUUACUGUGGCCUGUAACGACUUCUUCCUGGAGUACAACGACAAGCCAGAGAAGAAAAAGUGAACACGCCCUCUGCACAAAGAUGUCUCUGCAGACCUAUACAGUCCAGGGAGGGAACAGUUCAGACAGGAGAGAAGGACAACCUGUCAUGGGCUUCACAUUCACAAAUACACACACAUUCACACACACGUCUAAUAGUCACCUGAGCAGUAAAUGUUGGGUGUCUGCAAUGUCCAAAUAAUCCAUUACUAGCUGUAUUUAUUGUAAUGUGAAAUUACAAGUCAAUUUCAACACCUGUGCUAUGCUAGGUUGCUUUUUUCUUUUCAUGUAUUUUGUAACACAUUCAA